GUGAAGUCCGAAAGUAAGUCCAAAAGCGAUGAAAUAAUUAGCGAAGAGCUGAUGGCUUCGCAAGAGCUGUUCCCCAGGAAGAGGACGGGUAGCUCAGUAUCUGCUGAAUCUGAUGAUAAUACGCGAGAAUGUGAACAAAAGCUGGUGGAUGAAAGCAAAGCUACCGGUACCAUAAAGGGUCGGGUAUUAUGGGAUUACGUGGCAUCAGGUGCCGGACCCGUAUUAUUAACUCUGGCAAUCGGGUCUACACUGGCUUACCAGGGACUCUUUCAUUACACCGACAUAUGGCUAACCGAUUGGUAAUUUGGUUUCUAUACA